AUGGCCAUCGUAGAAUCGACCUACCUGACCUUGACAAGGGAGGCCACCUACGAGAUCCACCAAGUCCUCCUAAUUCACUGCUGCCUAGCAAAAAUGGUUGCUGCCUUCGCGCUUUUCCUCCUCGUGGUCAUCAGCUAUUCUGAAGCCCGCAUCGACCCUUGCAAGCAGCCGAUUAAGGCGGGCAUGUGCCUCGGCUACUUCCCCAAGUGGGGCAUGAAUCAGGAGACGGGCCAAUGUGAGGAGUUCAUCUACGGCGGUUGUGGUGGCAACAUGAACCAAUUUGACUCGAAGGAGCAAUGUGAACUUUUGUGCGGUCGUUAG